AUGUCCUCUCGGCCUGAUGGUACAGAUUUCCAAGACUUAGUCACUGGGCUACAGACUCUUCCGGAUGGAAUUGCGGUUGACACGAAAAACCACCAGUUAUAUUGGACCAACAUGGGCGACCCGAUGGUCAACGGCGGUUCGAUGCAACGAUGUGAUGUUUCCGGUGCGAACAUCGUCACCUUUAUUUCAAGUGGAGUAACAAAUACACCAAAACAGCUCAAAAUUCCCCGCAAUCAGAUCUACUGGUGUGAUCGUGAAGGCAUGAGGAUCAUGCGUGCAGACCUGGAUGGGAGCAAUGUCGAGGUUCUUUACCAUGCUGGUUCAUCGGACGAUGAUCGCGAAGACCGCCGAAACUGGUGUGUAGGUAUUGCAGUGGAUGACGUCCGGGGCAAGUUGUAUUGGUCGCAGAAGGGGCCUUCCAAAGGUGGCCAAGGGAAGAUCAUGUGCAUGACUCUUGCACCUCAUGGCGAAGCCAACACAACGACAAGCCUUCGAGAAGUACACACUGUCCUUGACAAUCUACCCGAGCCCAUAGACUUUGAAUUGGAACCAAACACCAACACUUUCUACUGGACCGACCGUGGAGAUCCGCCCUUCGGGCAUACCGUCAAUGCGUUCCCUCUUGACGCUGCGCACAAGGUUGGUCUGAUGGCAGUGAGAGUUCUCGUGCAAUGA